AUGGCUAAUGGGGCUAAACUUUUUUUAGCCGGUAUAAUUACUUUUGUAUCCUUUAUUAUUGCAAUUGUUUCCUUUGCAGGUUCAACAUCAAAUUAUAAACCUAUUAAUGAAAUUUAUGUUGCACAUUUAAAUUUAAAAAAUAUUAAAAAUGAUGCAGUUUUCACAAAUUUAACACAAGCGUUAGAUUCUAAUUCAUUACCAAAUUACAUUAAUAUAGGGUUGUGGUCAUAUUGUAUAUCGGGUACAAACUCAGAUAAAAUUGAAAAAUGUACAUCACCAAAAGGUAUUCAAGAAUUUGAUUUGAAAACUUUAUUAUAUGAUAACGUGGCUAAUAACGAAUCAGAAGAUUUAUUGGAUUCAAUCGAUGAUAUUCUACUGCCUGACUCCAUUGCAAAUAAAAAAGGUUAUUAUAAUGGUUUAAGUAGGUGUAUGUGGAUCACACUCAUUAUAGGUAUUAUUGUUCUAUUUUUAGAUUUAAUAUUUAUCAUAUUACGAAUGUUGUUUGCUCUUAGGGCAUUAAAGAUAAUAGGUUUGUUUUUAGCUUGUGUGGCAUUCGCUUCAUUGAUAAUUAGUGGUUCAACAAGUGUGGCGACUUAUGUUUAUAUUAAAGUGCAUCUGAACAAAAAUUAUGAUGAGUACGGUAUUAAAUUAGAUUUAGGUAGAAACUUUUUCUGUAUUUUAUGGGGUUCGAUUCUAGGUUCUUUACUGAAUUUAUUAUUAUGGGUCUCGGUAAGGGACGAUGUUCGUAGAACUUACGUUACACAAGCAGGUCCAUCUCAAUCAGGUAAGCGUAUUAUCUUAUAA